UGUUGUUGUUAUUGUUGCCAAGACUUCAUAAGAUAUUGUUCAAAUCAUUGUACCUAAUUUGUAUUGGUCUAUUUCGUAGUAAUGAUGGAUAUUGUAAAUAAUAAAUGGUUCGUUAGUAUAUUGAAUUUGUCAAUUUUUGUAGCAGUGGCGGAUGCCUUUUAUUCUUCUAAGUGAUGUUGUGGAAUAAAUGGAUUCUACGUUGUUUAAUUAUAUUCAAUACAUUUUACUGGAUUACAGGAUGUAUUGCUUUAAGUGUUGGAAUUUAUGAAAUCACUUAUAGUGAUUAUCAUUUUCUUCGAGGAAAAUAUGAUUUAGGAUUAUUUACUGGAUCUUAUAUGAUAUGUUCAUGUGGGAUAAUUAUUUUAAUAUCUAGUCCAUUUGGUUGGGCUGGGAUCCUGUCAAGAUCAAGAGGUAUAUCAAUAUCAUUUUGUAUUAUUCUGGUACUUAAUGGAAUUUGUCUACUUAGUUGUGGAAUAUGGUCAUCAAAAUAUUCUGAAAAUAUACACAUUGAGCUAAAUAAAAUGUUUGAUAAUUUACUAAAAAAUUAUGAUGAGAAACGUUUAAUGGUGAAUGAUGAAACUAAAUUUCUCAAUUACAUUCAAUAUAAAUUUGAUUGCUGUGGUAAAUUAAAUGUUGAAGAUUUGAUAGAUCGUAAACCAAUUAUUGCAUGUGGAAUGAAACCAAUUGAAAAGAAGUGUAAUUAAUAAUUCAUUCAAUUAGGGAUGUUUAACGAAAGUUAUUGGCACGACAAAAUCCGGUCAAUUUCGUAUUGCAUUUGUUAGCAUCUGUUUAGCUAUGUGGCAGUUUUUCGGUAUCAUUAUUUACUCCUUCUUUACUUGUUCAAACUGGAAUAAUCAAAAUCACCAUCAUCAUCAUUUUGAUUAUUAGUAUUCAAAAAAAGAAUACAAGGAACUUUGAAUAAUGAUAAUGAUGGAAAGAAUUUUUAGACAGAAGUAUAUGUUACUAUAAAAUAUACUGGUAUCUAUGCCUUAAAAAGAAAUAAACAAAUGAAUUGACAAUAUUCAGUGAGGAUAAUUAUUUUGAUUAUAUUAGUAAUCGCAGAGAGAGAGAGAGGAAAAAAAAAGAAAGAUCCCUUGGUUACAACAGUAUUAUGUCUUUUUCUUUUCCAAUUUACUUGUUUAAAUUA